GCUAUGACCUAAUCAAACACUUGUCUUUGCCACUUAUAGGGGCUAAGGGCAUCUCCAGCCGUUGGCCCCCCAGGAGGGGCAAAAAAUCGCCCCUUGGGGGCACACCGGCGCUAAACCGCGCACUGGGGGCGUGAUGCACCCCAGUCGCGGCGCCCACGGUUAGUCAAAAAAAAAUCAAAAACGGCGCAAACAUGACUCAAAUUUAACGCAAACAUCGGCGAGUUCAUUCAAACUUAAACAUAUUUUACAAAAAAAAGAAAAAAACUACCGUGGGCUACCCCCGCCGUCUCCCUCGCCGCCCGCCCACGCGGUUCUACAUGCCGAGGCCGCUCGAUGCCGCGUGUAAGACUAUAGUUGGUUAUGUAGCGUUCCUAGGUAUGGUUUGUAUCAGACACUCUGAAGUUACUGUGUGUGACGACCGUUUGCUAUUUUGCAUCAUAUCUACAUGGACCACUGGACUGGUCAUGUAAAUGGCAUGUUGCAUGUGCUUUGCACAUGUCUAAUGUAAAACUGAAAUCUGCGAUUUAUAUUUUCGCACCUUUCCGACAAUAUAUGUGAUAUAUCUACUUAUGGUCAUCUGUCCACACCUCCAUGAAUAGUCAGUUAUUUUGAUAUUAGAUAUACUAUGUCCUUCUUCCAUCUGCAAACUUAAGGUACCUGUAAAGAGACAACUAGCAACGACCUUUUUUUACAAGUCAAAGAAAACAACUACAGUUCCAAAAAAUUCGAAUAGUCUAAGCAGUGUCUAACUAUUUUUUCAAUUUACUUCAUACUUCCAAUUCGAUGUUUCUUCCUGUAAAUAAAAAGCUGUCAGUCUGAAUUAAUAUAAUGAGGCUGACCCAGAGCUGAAAUCAACUUUCUUGUUCCUGUGAACGAAUGGAGCUCUUUAUUAAAAAAUGAAUGAUGACUGAUUGUUUGCGUUGGCACUUAGUUCCACCAGAAAGUAACCUGGCAUAAUUAUAUUUUACUAAUUAAACAUAGAAAUUCGAUCUUCUUUUUUAGAGUAAUUACAAAUCGAUCUAAAUGAACAGCCGCAUAUAAGUUAGGCAAUGGCAUCAGUGAGCUUUUUUCAUCCGCAGAACCAAACAAGAGACAUGCCCAUGAUAGGUAAUAUUAGAGGCCCAUAAAAUUAUAGCCCACACACGUCCUACCUUGGCUCUGCACAGUAUAUAAACACCAGGAGGCUGGCUUUUGACCUAGAUCCCCAAUUAAACCGAUACCUAGCUUCUCUCUCUGCUAGGCAACGGCUGCGCCUUCAGCAUCGACGAUCGAUCCUCGACAGCUGUCGCAACAAAGAGCAUGGAAGCCAUGGAUAUUGAAGCUGUUGGUGACAAGGGAUCUCCAAGCUUAGUAUCAUCGAGGACAGGAACCUUUGAACCAAGGGAAGAUGAUUAUCUAAUAUUGAUUCCCCAAGCCAGCAUCUUUGCCCUUGUGCUGCAGGCUCUGAAGUUGCCCCCUGCGAUUUACCGUCGCAAAAUAUGUCUAGGCAACAUGCAUUGUGUGACGGUUACUUUCAAUUCAUCGUUAGAGUUGUUUGACGGUCUGCUUGUUCCAACCUCAAUAUCUGGUAUGAUUUCAAAUAACUAUGAAGAUGCAGAAGACAGUGUCGCUAUCGAAGCCAUUAGAUAUAUGGAGAAUGCAUAUGGCAAAGAGAUAACGGACUAUAACUACAACCACGCCAAAAAAUUGCAGAAUCAAGUCACACACCUGCUAAGGUUACCAGCAAACAAAACAAUAAAGAAGAUACGCAGGGGAUGGCACUAUGCUGUCAGGUACAUGGAUUCAUAUUCUGCUCAGAUACAGAAUACAGCAGCUGCUCGCCGUUUCAGAGGGCAGGACAACACCAGAGGGGUUAUGAAAAAAGCACUUGCAAGCAUAGGAAAAUUGGCAAAGAGGCUGCGCUACAUUGGCAUGAAGUCGGAGCAGCGCCUGGAGACCACAAAUAGUAUUUGGUGAGUUCCAGUCAGCACGUCGCACAAUGCAUGUCCACGUAGUUACUAAAGCAUCGACCUUUUGUUUUGUGUCGCCGAAGGCAGCGUUUUUACCCUUUUGAUGUUCUUCUAAACGGGAAAUGAACCAAGGCGUGCGUGGACUUCAGAUCUUAAUUCCUGUUUCUCUGUCGUAAGAACUAAUGUAUGGUCGUGUGUUUCCUAUCAGACUAUGACUGUAGUUCCCUUUGCAAACCUUUGGGUCGUCACCUGUAAGCCACCUUGCGUUCUAAUGUACUUUAUGCCUGGGAUAUUAACUACUGGACAGAUCAUAUUAUGUGUUCUCUAUGAUCAUAUUUUCUUUGGUGGACUUUCAUUGUGUAUGUACAAAUGAAAUUUGAUUACCAGUGAGUCAUUCACGGAUUC